AUGCCGUUUGGAAAUUUCUUGUCGAGGAUGCAUGAGUUGGUGUUAUCGAAUUCGGAUAAGAAACAUUUUGCUAUUGUGGAGUUGGAGAAGUUGUUAUCUUUGUGGGAGAAGAGGCUGAAGCACUUUUCAGAAAUGCCAAAUCCUGAAGAAAGUAGCAUGAGUUUGAUUGGAAACAUGUUGUUAGGCGAAGAAUUGGUGUAUGACAAGGAAUCGUUGAAAACAGCGCAUGAAUCGUUAGUAACACAAUUGACCGCCAAGCAAAUGAAUGUCUACGACUCUGUGAUGAAUGAUAUAGAUUUCAAUGGAGGUGGAUUAUUCUUUGUGUAUGAUUAUGAAGGAACAGGCAAGACGUUCGUGUGGAGAACGUUAUCGGCAAAGAUAAGGAAUCGCAGUAAUAUUGUUAUGAACGUUGCUUCGAGUGGAAAAACAUCUUUAUUCUUGCCGGGAGGUAGUACGACGCAUUCCAAAUUUGCUAUACUGUUCUCUUAG